AUGCGCUUCGGAAAGACCCUCUCCGAUUCCAUCUACCCACCAUGGAAAGACAAGUACCUCGAGUACGAUAAGAUCAAGAAGCUCCUCCGUGAAGAUGAAACUUCUCCACAAGGUCGCGGUGGUGAAGGGAGCUGGACCGAGCAGGACGAAGAAAACUUUGUCCACGAGCUCACCGUGACUCAAUUGGAAAAGGUCCACCAGCAUCAGGUCAACACUUUCAACUCCCUCCGAGACCGAACCGCCGCCUGCGAGGCCAAGCUCCCCUCCAGUGAAGGUGACGAUGCAGGAAAGUCCGAGGAAGAAUAUACAGCGGUUGCCAAGGAGCUGCUUCCUGAGCUCGACAGCAUCUCCAAAGAACUCAAUGAGCUUAGGAAGUUCAGCAGGAUCAAUUAUACAGGCUUCCUCAAGGCUGCAAAGAAACACGAUAGAAAGAGAGGCCUCAAGUACCGAGUUCGUCCCAUACUGCAAGUUCGUCUUUCCCAGAUGCCCUUCAACCAGGAGGACUACUCGCCUCUGCUCUUUCGGCUGUCGACCAUGUAUAGCUGGGCUCGCCAGAAGACCGAGGGCGAACAGGCUGGCAAGGAAGCCAAUACCGACGUCCGACCAAAAGACGAGUACAAGGCCUUCAAAUACUGGGUGCACGUGGACAACCUCCUCGAAGUCAAAACCUACCUCUUGCGUCGCCUGCCGGUCUUGGUGUACAAUCCUCAAUCUGUCAAGGUGGUCGAUUCGUCUCAAAAGGAUCCGACAAUCACCUCAAUCUAUUUUGACAAUGACACCUUCGACCUCUACCAGGGUAAGGUCGAAAAGGCCACCGGUGGAGCGUCUCUGCGGGUCAGAUGGGCUGGUCAGUUGCUUGAUGAGCCCGAGGUUGUCCUUGAGAAAAAGUUCGUUGACGAGGAAACGACCGACAGUAGCGACAUCAGGAUCCAGCUGAAGCCCAAAUAUCUUAUGCCGUUCCUCAAGGGCGAAUAUAAGAUGGAAAAACAGAUUAAGAGACUUGAGGAGCUGCUAGGACCUGAACACGAGGAUACCAAGGCGUUCAAAGCCAACGUUGACGAGAUCCAAUCAUUUAUCCAAGAUCAAGGUCUCGAGCCAGUCCUACGAGCAAGCUAUACCCGAACUGCUUUCCAGAUCCCUGGGGACGACCGGAUUCGGGUGUCACUAGACACCGAUCUCGCCUUCAUUCGAGAGGACGCACUGGACCCUGACCGCCCGUGUCGGGACCCCGAGGACUGGCAUCGGUCAGACAUUGAUCAGAACAGGAUGGAAUACCCAUUUUCCGCCAUUAAGAAAGGCGAGAUCAGCCGCUUUCCCCACGCUGUGCUUGAAAUCAAGAUCAAGGAAUCCAAGUAUACUAGGAAUAACACUUGGCUCAACGACUUGAUGAAUUCUCACCUGGUCAAGGAAGAGAAACGGUUCUCCAAGUUCGUCCACGGUGUGGCCGAGCUUUUCGAAGACUACGUCAACAGCUUCCCAUUCUGGCUGAGCGACUUAGAGACCGACAUUAGGAGAGACCCGGUCACGGCCUUUCAGGAGGAGCAACAGAAAGAGGCGAAAAAGGCCGAAGAUGAAAUGGCUGUUGGAAGCUUCAUCGCAGGGUCCAGACUCACACCCAAGGGAAAGUCGGCAUCUCCCGGCAAGUUUCCAGAGAGAAAGCUGUCCGGCCAGCUGUCCCAGUCUGUUCAAUCUCAACAUAGAAGCAGGCCUGAGCCACAGUUAGAGACCACUGCCGAGGAACGGGAUACUGACGAGGACGGAGUCCAUCCUCCCGACGAAGUCGAGGUCCGAGACUCCUCAAAGGGUGGUAUUCGAUCCUUCCUUCCGGCUUUCUCCAAUUCUCGUUACGCUCGUCGUCACCGUGAAGGAAAAGGCGCGUGGGAAAAUGCUCCGCUUCCGCCUGGUGUCAAAGAACCAAGUUUCUGGAUCAAAGACCAGGGUGACCUGAAAGUCGAAGCCAAAGUCUGGCUUGCGAAUCAGCGAACAUUCAUCAAGUGGCAGCACAUUUCAGUCCUCCUGGCCACCCUGUCACUGGGUCUCUACAACGCCGCAGGUAUUGAUAACAACAUUGCACGCAUCCUUGCUGUUGUGUAUACCUGCUUCGCUGUCUUUGCAGGAGUAUGGGGAUGGUACGUGUACAUGUGGCGGACCAAGCUGAUCACGGAACGGAGUGGGAAGGACUUUGACAAUCCCAUUGGGCCAUUCGUUGUCACCAUUGGUCUGGCCGUUGCAUUGAUCUUGAACUUUGCUUUCAAGUACCGCGCUGCCGUGGAAAGUAACAACCCAACCCCAGGGAACGGCACGACUGGUCCGUCGAUGACCCUGGCGUUGUUGACGGCGAAAGCGUCUGCCACUGGACUCCUCGUGCAGGAACUCUGA